GUCGUUUCCGGUUGCAUGUGUACUGUACACACACUGUAAAGUUGUGAAGCGUUAGCUAGUACCGUGCCGAUAUGGCGGAGAACUCUAUAACAGUGACAGUUGCUUAUGGCACAACCAAACACAACAUCACUCUAACAGCACAGGAUGGACAUGAAGCACUGUUAAAGGAUUUGUGUGAGGCGCUUACAGAAGCCACAGGAGUACCAAUACCAUCCCAGAAAGUCAUAUUUAAAGGGAAAUCACUGAAGGAGAUGGAGGAGCCGCUGUCCAGCUUUGGAAUAAAGCAGGGUUGUAAACUGAUGAUGAUUGGAAAGAGGAACAGCCCUGAGGAGGAAGGUGAGCUUAAAAAGCUCAAAGACAUUGAAAAGUCAGUGGAGCAAACUGCCAAGAAGCUAGAGAAGGUGGAUGGUGAACUAACAGGACUGAAGAAUGGUUUUCUUGCAAAAGAGUUGCAAGCUGAGGCUCUUAACAAACUGGACCACAGGGUGAAAGUUGCCGCUGAGCAGUUCAUGAAAAUCCUAGAGGAAAUAGAUGGAAUGAACUUGCCUGAGACUUUUAGUGAUUCCAGGAUGAAGAAAAAAGGACUUGUGAAAACUGUUCAGGGUUUCAUAGCACAGUGUAACAAAAUUGAAGCUGGAAUAUCAGACCACUUGGCUAAGAUUCAGACAAAAAAUUUAGCCUUAGCAGAAUGAUCAUGAAUUAAGACUCCUGAUCUCAGUAGUUACUGGUGCUGCAAAUGAGAAACCUCACUGAGAGCUUUGGCACUGGAGGCGGUCCUGCAGUUCAACUACACUCCACAACCUACACAUGCACCUGUUCUACAGAGAAGAACCGGCAGCACUCCAAACAUUUUGAAAUCGUUUUCUUAUGAGUUUAGAUUUUUCAUGCUAAUUAUUGGAAAUACUUAUGGCUAGGUGUAGGGAGUUUUGACCAUCUGGAACACACUGUUCACUAUUUAAACUUUAUGCAGCCUGACAGAUGUUGGAUUCAGUCUUAUUUUAAUCAAAGAAGGGGGGAAAAAAUAACGAUGUUGGAAGAAUACCCUUUAAGGAUCUAAUGUAAAUGAUCAAAUUCAGUAAAUCGUGUUUUUUUUUUGUAGUAAAACUUUUGGAUAUUUUUUUUUCUAUUUAUGAAAAGAUUGUAGAAUUGAUAGUCCUUGUUUUGAUUUUAUUAUGAUUAAAUCUCAGGGUGCUUCAAACCACUGGUGGUUUUCCUUAUCAAUUUCGGUGUCAAAUGUUGUUGUCAAGUUAUUGAGAGAAAUUAAACAUUUGAAGACAACUUUUGUGUCAUCUCAGUAACCCUUUGCCAAUGUCUUGUUCGGUACAAUUCUAAAUCUACUAGGUUUCAAUUAUAUUAUGUAUUAAAAUACUAAAAU